UCGACGUUAAUAUGAUUGGUCAACUGAGGGAGAGGAUACGCGAGACUCUGAAAUCACGUGGGAUUCAGAACUGCGACGUGCGUGUAGCAAGAGAUUGCAGGAAUGCUGACUUUGUCGCUUUAUGUCGGGAAUCAGCUACUAGGAGUUGCAUUGUUGUUGUGCUAAAUGGUGACAAAGAAAAGGACGUCUGCUGCAUACAACACUGUUUUCUAGAUGAGAAAGACAGAGUUAUAAUUAUUCUCAAUAGAUCACAUAUUUUCAGACAAGUCCUACUUGACCUACCUGCAGGUCUGCGUUGUACGGCUACGACUGGACAAUCAACUCCAGAAAGCCACGUCUGCAUAGUAGCCUGGUUCUAUUGUUGCAAUCCAACUGAUGCUGCUGUGACAGCAAUCGCAAUGAGAACUGCUCUGACUGCUCAUCAUGCUGCCAAACUUGUUGAGAUAACAGGUUGUAAGUGCAGCCUUGUGUAUGCUGGCAACUGUGAAGAACAAUUUUGGAUCAAUUUAAAGGAAUGGGUGGAUAAAUUUGGCUGCCACCCUGAUAAGUGGGUUGCUAUAAAUGAUGUGGAUGUACAGACCAAGGCAAAAAAACUGCUAAAUUAUGGUAUUUCCAAGCUGCAAAGUGCAACAAAGAAUGAGGAAAGUAAACUUAUAGACGUUGUAAAAGGAGAUCAGCUAUGUGCCUCUGAAGUCAUUUUAAAUUUAAGACAAUAUAUGCUUCAAAAUGAUCUGCCAAUAGGCAAGAUUGGAUAUGACAAAGGAAUGGGGAAUGCUGUCUUGUUGGCUGAUGGUAUAAUGGAUUCACUUUUACUUGAAGCAGCGGUGUUGCAGGAUUUGUCUGAAACAUUUUGUUGUGGCUCUUUUCUACAUGUGGAUAUCCAUUCGAGAGCUUUUCAUCGGCAAAAGCUCAGUCUAGCAUGGAGAAUGUUGUGCGACAACCCUUCGUCAAAGGAGCAGAAGUUACUUUUGCACUUUGGAGUUGCUGACGUCAUGGAGGGGAAACCUCUUGUAAUGGAAGAUUACUAUAGGGUGAGAAUGCAGCAAUUAUAUGAUGUUGAUUCUUUCAAAAUGAGAUCCACGCAAAGUGAGUUUUGUGUGAUUUUGAAAUGUGUACUAGCACAUUUGGAAAAGUUACAUUGCAAAAUUUCAGAAGAAGAAGCUACUGGAAAAAAAUUACAAUUGCUGACAGUUGCAGCAAUAAAAUUUGAACUGUUAUCUGUAAAUUUGAAAAAUAAAGUUAAAGUGAAGUUGUCAAGUGGCAAAGAUGUUGGUGGUGUCCAAGACAACAAUUCUGGAACAUUUGUUAUGUAUAACUGUGCUAGAAUGACUGCUAUCAUGAAUAAGUAUAAGGAUGGAGUCAAACGAGGUUAUUACCCCUGCCUACCAGAUGCUAAGAAUGUUGACUAUUCUACUCUGACUGGUCAGAGUGAAUGGGUUCUUGUCUGGAAGUUUCUCACACAGGAUAUGUUGAGUUUUCAGGAAGCAGGCAACAUCUCAACAAGGACUGCUUUAUGGGCAGAUGUACAGUCUAAUAAGGUUUGUGACAUAAUGACUCGAUUAGCAAAAGAAGUCAGUUCUUACUACAGCCAUGUUCAAAUUUUGCAGGAACCAAAGGCUCAUAUGUUGAGUUGUAUGUUUGCCCGUCUGCACUUGAUACUUGGAAUUAAGCAGAUGUUUGAGUAUGGCCUUGGUCUGCUUAGUUUGACUCCACUAGAAGUCAUGUAGCAAGUCUCAUUUCUGCACAAGCCACGUUAACUGAACUGUUGUGUGAUAUCAUGGAUGCAUUUUAGUUAAUUAAUUCCUACACAAAGGUUUGACUGUAUCGCAAGUUUUCGAUAGACGACUGUAGAGAUUGAAUAGUUUACAUACAAUUUAUAUCCUUAAUAUCUGGGCAUGCUCAAAAGCUA